CCAGGCAUCUUGUCCUGGUUUCACAUAACCGGGAUACAAGUUUUUUCGGGUUAUUGUAAACGGGAUAUGAUGUUUAUAUGCAUCAACUCAAAAACAGAAUACUUAAGUAUCCCGAAUAAUAACGGGAUAUUGGUGUGCAUGUAAACGUGGUCACUGACUGGUCAAGGGAGUAGUCCUGGUUUAAUCGGACUAUAAGACUUUAAACCCCGUAUGUAAGAUACUUAGACCUAUUCAUAUCUACUCGAUCUGUAUCACUGCUUGUGCUAUAACGACAUUUAAAGCAACCCAGUUCAAGAAGACGAGACAUACUCGAUAAACUCAUGAUUUACCAGGCUAAAAUGUAAUUGUCUUGCCUGGGGUGGUCAAAUUAUUUUGGCAACAGCUGAUAAAAUGUGGAAAGAAUUGAAGAAAAACCAGCUCGUCAAGUACGGCGCUGUGACCACAGUGUCAACCAUCAGCUAUGUUUUACUGAGAAAGUGGAUCGCCGGUGGGAUAUGCCACAGCCGUGCCAAGCUGCAUGGAAGGACUGUGGUGAUCACUGGUGCCAACACUGGUAUCGGCAAGGAGACGGCCUGGGAUAUGGCCAUGAGAGGAGCCCGGGUGAUUAUGGCUUGCCGAGACCUCACCAGGGGAGAGGCCGCUGCAACAGAGAUCCGCAGUUCUACUGGAAAUACUAACGUGAUGGUGCAACAACUAAACCUGGCCUCCCUUGGGUCAGUAAGACAGUUUGCCAGGGAAUUCAUUGCCACGGAGACCCGUCUGGACAUACUUAUCAACAAUGCAGGUAUAAUGCUAUGUCCCAAAAGCUUCACAGUGGACGGGUUUGAGAGUCAAUUUGCUGUCAAUCACCUAGGUCACUUCCUAUUGACCAAUCUUCUCCUGGACAUGCUGAAAGCCUCCACCCCCAGCCGCGUCGUCACUGUGUCUAGCAUCGCUCAUCAAGGCGGGAAAAUCCACUAUGAUGACCUUAACUUUGAUAAGAAGGGAUACAACUCAGUAAUUGCCUACAAGCAGAGUAAACUGGCCAACCUCCUCUUCUCCAGGGAGUUGGCACGAAGGACCAAAGGUACUGGAGUGACGUCGUAUUCCCUGCACCCCGGGGUUAUCCGGACAGAGCUGUGGCGCCACUCGCAGUCAAAGUACCCCAUGCUGAGUUCCAUGCUGUCAGCCCCCGCCUGGCUCCUGAUGAAGACCCCCAGGGAGGGGGCCCAGACCACCAUCUACUGCGCCGUCACUGAGGGGCUGGAGGAGAAGAGCGGCUACUACUUCAGUGACUGUCAGGUAAAGGAGCCAGCUCUUGAGGGGAGAGAUGAUCUUGCAGCACUGAGACUAUGGGGCGUUAGCGCCGGGCUCGUGGGACUUAAUUAAAACAACUGAACAACUCGCCUUGCAACACGGUGCAACUCCCAACCACACCUGCCAGAACUCCCCCGGAUACUAGCAUUUUUUUUAAAUGUUGGCUCUUAACUUUCAUAUCAGAAGAUAUUCUGUAUUCUAUAUAUAUCCUGUAUUCUACACAUUUUCUAUAUUCUAUAUUUUUUGAUGUUGUAUUAUAAUACAGUAUAUUUUGAUCAAUUUUUUUUCUGUAUUUUAUUGUAUUGAAGCUUAUUCUCGUUACAUUGGUCUUCAUGCUGAAAUUCUGUAUUUUUCAUAUUUUCAUUAAAAAAAAUGUUAUUUUGCUUCAGAA